AUGUCGCGCCCCGGCGGCGUAUCGAGAUCGCGACCCGCGAACGAGGGGGAACGAGAUCCCAAGCGUCCCAGAAUCGGAGGCGCCCCGCAGAACGUCGAGACGGAGGAUGACGACCUGCAGGUGAUCUGCCCUCCCGUCAACCCGGUUCAGUCCGAGGUCAACGCCAUCGUCGCGAUGGCAGUCGCGGGGGGCGCGGACCCCGUCGCCGUCGAGCAGAUGCUCGCAGCCACGCUCGGAGAUCCCACGCAGGUCCAGGCGACCCUCGCAGUGCUCCGAGCGGUCGCCGCGGGCGCACAGAACAGAACCACCGCGGGCAUCACCGCCGCAGCCCUCUCCGCCAUGAACGCCGCGUCGGGACCCAACGGCCAAGGCAACUCACUCGCCGCCAACGCAGUCACCGCGGUGCUCACCAGGCCGCCCCACGCCGACCGCCCGGCGAUCAUCCGCCGGUGCCAGGUGGACGCGUGCAACAAGCUGGACGUCGGCGGCGGCAAGUGCACCGCCCACGGCGGGGGCAAGCGAUGCCAGGUGGACGGAUGCAAUGCGGGCGACCGCGGCGGCGGCAAGUGCAUCUCGCACGGCGGCGGUAAGCGAUGCCAGAGCGACAGGUGCGACGCGGGCGCCGCGUCCGGGGGUAAGUUCUGCGUGACCCACGGCGGCGGGCUGCGAUGCACCGAGGAGGGCUGCGACCGCGUGCGCAAGGUGCGCGGUAAGUGCGCGGUCCACGGCGGGAUCAACAAGAAGAAGCUCUGCGUCGUCGCGGGGUGCUCGUCCAAAGAUCUCGGCGGGGGAUUGUGCAAAACGCACGGGGGCGUGCGGUUGUGCUCCCACGAGGGAUGCAACAAGCGCGCCAAGGCGAGGGGCGCGUGCGUCCAGCACGACUCCCGCGAGAAGAUCUGCUCGCACCCGGGUUGCGCCUUCCCCGCGCGCGCCAGGGGUAAGUGCAAGGAUCACGGCGGCGUCGUCAUGAAGAUGUGCGCCUCGGAGGGCUGCGCGGCGAAGGCGGCGACGGGAAGCGAUCGAUGCCGCGCGCACGGCGGCGGCAAGCGAUGUUCCCACGAGGGAUGCGAGAAGAUGGACGCCGGCCGCGGGUUCUGCGUCGCCCACGGCGGCGGCAAGCGAUGCCAGGUGCCCAACUGCACCAAGGGCGCCACCCGCAGCUCCUUUUGCGUCGCGCACGGGGGCGGCAAGCGAUGCACCUUCGAGGGGUGCGAUAAGCCCGGUCACUUCAAGGGCCUCUGCGCGGCGCACGGCGGGGGUAAGCUGUGCCAGGCUCCCGACUGCAAGAAGUGGGACGCCGGGUUCGGCUUUUGCAGGUCCCACGGCGGCGGCAAGCGGUGCUCCGUGGAGGGGUGCACCACCCCGGUCAAGCUCCGGGGGCUCUGCAUCAAGCACGGCGGCGGCCACACGUGCUCCGUCGAGGGGUGCAACAGAUCCGCCAAGACCCGCUCCUUGUGCAUCGAACACGGCGGCGUGAAGCUCUGCAAGGUGCCCAACUGCACUAAGAUGGACCGCGGCCGCGGUUUCUGCAGCAAGCACGGCAACCUCCUCGGCCUCGGAGGUUUGAAGUGCACCCACGAGGGCUGCAACAAGUGCGCGGUGAGCAAGGGGCUGUGCUGCGAGCACGGCGGCGUGAGGAGGUGCCAGAUGAAGGGAUGCCAGAAAAUGGACCGCAACGGCGGGUUCUGCAACGCUCACCAGCCUGGCGGCCCCGUUCCCGACGCCCUUCCUCCCCCCGGCAUGACCCAGCUCCCGGGCAUCAUGGCGUGAACAAACUGAAUCAACACCACGACAACCAACGUGAAGUUGAGAGAAGCAAAAAGCAAGACCAAAGGAACGAACGAACGAACAAGGUGUUCUCAUCAUCGAAUUCUGAUUUGUGUAGUAUAGUACGAACACGCGUGUAAAGAUGUCAACGAAUUAC